UACAUCUGAUUUCGGUUUGACUGCAGCUUGUUGGAGCUUCAACAGAGAAGCAGUCUGCUACUUGCUGUAAGAACGAGGACACUGAGUGCUGUGGUUUGCUUCUGUGGGCUGUUUUAACUCUGUUCAUCUGCAGUCGUCGUGCAGCGACGCAUGUGUUGACCAAAGGAGGGAAAUUAUGCAAAUGUAAAUGAAGUUGUAUGCUGCUUUUUUCUUAAACACUUCAGCAGCUGAAUCCAGUUCACUUCAGUGGAUGAUCAAGACGACAGCUCGUCUGGGCUCCUGCAGAAUGUGCACCAAUGACACAAACCUUACCUGCAAAGUGGAACUGCAUUAUGGUUUGGCUUUUUGUCCAGUCUUCCUUCUGGGUGUCCUCAUCAACGCCGCUGCUCUGCGAGCCUUCGUUGCCAAACGGAAACACUGGACAGACACCCACAUCUACAUGUUAAAUCUGGCAAUCGCCGAUUUAACCCUCAUCCUUUUCCUCCCCUUCAGGAUUUACGACGCCUUCUUCUGCCUGCCCAAGAAUUGCUUGUGUACCUUCCUCAUUCAGACUCACUAUGUAAACAUGUAUGCCAGCAUCCUGACCACAGCAUCCAUCGCCGUGCAUCGGUACCUGGCUAUAAGGUUCCCGCUACAGACCAGGUUCUGGAGGAGGAAGAAGGAGACAGCUGUGUGUGUGUGUGUCUUCAUCUGGACAUUUCUGGUGACAUUGAGCAUUAUCUUUAAAGAUGAAAGCAAACCCGAGAACCUGUGGACGUGCUAUGAAAGAUGCGAAGACAUGCGCUUGAAUCCAUGGUUUCUUGGACUGCUGCUGUCUGUGGGCUUUCUCAUUCCAUUUCUGAUUAUUACUUUCUGUUCCAGUCAGAUUAUCUGGAUCAUAUUCAAGGUGCAGGAUAAGUCAGAGGAAAUGAAAAGCGUUGCUAGAAUGGUAACAGCAAACAUGAUCGUUUUCAUUGUUUGCUAUACUCCAAUCCACAUUUCCUUUGUUGUAAACUACUUCUACACCCCGCCUCUAAAAUGGAUGUCUGCGUAUUUACCAGCUCAUAUUUUUUUUAACGUGUCGGAGAUGAUCGCCUCCACAAACUGCUGUUUUGAUGCUUUCGGGUAUUACUUUUUACUGAAGCGGUAUUAUUCAUAAAGCUCAGCUGCAUUUUUGCAUUUGGUGUUUUUUACAUUCACAUAUGCUGUAGUUCUUUUUCCUUUACUGCU